AAGUAAAUUCAAGUAAACAUAAGUUCAUUUGUCUUGUUAUUGUGUUUUGUUGUACCUCAUUCAUUCAUUCAUAGUUCUUCCCUUCAAAGUUCAAACACUCUCUUCUUCUCUCUUUUUUGUCAGUCCAUCUGUAGGUUGGACUCAAAAACUCUAGAGAUAGAAAGAGAAAUCCAAAAAUUAAAAGGACAAAUAAUCAAGCUAAUCCCAAGCUUUUCAAUCUCAUACUCAUGUCUGACUUAGAAUUCUUCUUGUACCUUCUCCCUUUUGUUUUGGCUUUAUCUUGGACCUUCAACUUGUUUAAAACCAAAAAGCCUUCCCUAAAUCUUCCUCCUGGUAAUAAAGGUUUACCCUUUAUUGGUGAAACUUUUGGGUAUUUAAAGCCUCAUCCUGCUACCACCAUUGGAAAAUUCAUGGAAAAUCACAUAGCAAGGUUUGGAAAAAUUUACAGGGCAAAUUUGUUUGGUGAACCAACAAUUGUAUCAGCAGAUGCAGGGUUGAAUAGAUUUAUAUUUCAAAAUGAAGGGAGAAUGUUUGAAAGUAGCUAUCCUAGUAGCAUUGAUGGUAUACUUGGAAAAUGGUCUAUGUUGGUUUUAAAUGGUGAUAUUCAUAGAGAUAUGAGGAAUAUUUCUUUGAAUUUCUUAAGCCAUAGUAGACUUAAAAAUUAUCUUAUCAAAGAAGUUGAAAGACAUACUCUCAUUGUUCUUAAUUCUUGGAUUGAGAAUUCCACUUUCUCUGCUCAAGAUGAAGCCAAGAAGUUCACAUUCAAUGUGAUGGCAAAGCAAAUACUGAGUUUGGAUCAUGGUGAAGAAGAAACAGAGCAACUAAAGAAAGAAUAUAUUAAUUUUAUGAAAGGAGUUGUAUCAGCUCCUAUCAAUUUGCCAGGAAGUCCUUACAGAACAGCACUUAAGUCAAGAAAAAACAUACUAGAUUUUAUAGAAAGGAAAAUGGAGGAAAAGUUAAAGAAGAUGAAGAAUGAAAGUGGAGAAAGGAAUAUGGAAGAUGAAGAUGAUCUACUUGGGUGGGUUUUAAAACAUUCAAAUCUAUCAACAGAACAAAUAUUAGACUUGAUUCUGAGUUUACUGUUUGCUGGUCAUGAGACUUCUUCUGUAUCCAUUGCAUUAGCCAUCUUUUUCUUGGAGGGCUCCCCUUCUUCUGUUCAGCAAUUAAGAGAAGAGCACCUUAUGAUUGCCAGAGCAAAACAAGAGUCAGCUCAGAAAGAAUUGAAUUGGGAGGAUUACAAGAAAAUGGAAUUCACUCAAUGUGUGAUUAGCGAAACAAUGAGGUUGGGAAACGUAGUAAGGUUUCUACAUAGGAAGGCUCUUAAAGACGUUCGGUAUAAAGGUUACGACAUUCCAAGUGGAUGGAAAGUACUGCCGGUAUUAGCAGCCGUGCAUUUGGAUCCAACCCUUUAUCCAAACCCUCAAGUCUUCAAUCCUUGGAGAUGGCAACAGAAUAGUGGUAGUGUUCAAGGAGGCACACCAAGUUCAGCAACAGCAACAAUAACAGCAACGAGCUCGAAUCCGAGCGGAAAUAACUUCAUGCCAUUUGGGGGAGGACAAAGACUAUGUCCAGGAUCUGAACUGGCUAAGUUAGAGAUGGCCAUUUUUAUCCAUCAUUUAGUUCUCAAUUUCAAGUGGAAAAUCGUUGAAAAGGAUCAAGCUUUUGUUUACCCAUUCGUAGAGUUCCCUAAAGGUUUACCUAUUCAAGUUCAACGUAUAAAUAUUGAACUCUAAACAAAAUAAUUUAAACUAUCCAAACAGAAAAUUGCAAAAUAAACCUAUUAUCUAAAGCUAUGCACAGGAAAAAAAUAUAUUAUUAUUAUUAUUAUUAUUAUUAUUAUUAUUAUUAUUGUUAUUAUUAUUAUGAUUAUUAUAAUAACAUUGAUAAUUAUUAUAUAUUAUAUAUACAUACAUAUAUUUUGGAGAAA